AUGGCACCAAUAUCAUUUUUAACAGAUACCAUAUUUUGUUUCGUCCGCGAUAUCUCCUCUGCUUUCAUCACGCUAUCCUCAUCAACACUCGUUGCACGAUUUGAUCCAUUACCAGAAUCCACAACGUCACCGUCCUCUCUCGAACAAACGAUACACAAAAGACAAAAUCAAAUCCUCUCUAUACCCGCAACAUAUGCAUUUCUCAACACUUCGCCUACACCUGGAACCGUCAUCGGUGUCGUCCUUGGCGUUGUCGGCGGCGUCGUCAUUCUCGUUAUCGUACUGUACCAAACACUCGGCUGGGGCAACACCAAUGAAAGCAUAGUAGUCGAGGAAGAAGUCAGUGAAGUUGGUGUGGUGCGCACGGGUUCAAGGCGCAGUGCAGUGCCGAGGCCGAGAUCAAGUCGGCCCGGGGGCCGUCGUGUUGUGGACGAAAUAGUCGAAGUUCGGGAACGACCGCAUUCGAGCAGAAGAUCUGACGUGGAUGUAGAUGACGAGGUUAUUGUUAUCGAGGAAGAUGGGACUACAGGUACACAUUACUCGGAUGACGUCGUGGAGGUUGAGGAAGAGGAGAGUAGUGUCGCAACAAGUCCUCGUCCGCCACGCCGAAGGGGAACUGGUGGAAGUUAUAGGAGGGUUGAUCCAUUGGCAUACGGGGGUGGUGAUGAGCCUUCACAAAUAGUUGCAUGGAAACGAAUUCAACGGAUUUAA